UAACGAUGGAAUUGCGGUCAUACGGUGCGGUUCUUUGGUGUCUUAAUCUCCACCACCAGUCAAAGAUUAUCUAUAUUUUGAAAAUUAAAAACAAAUAAAAAGAAAAAGAGAAACUCUUGGUGUGUUGGCAACGUGUGUUUGUUUGGUGGUGAUUGCAUGCUAUCCACACGUCUCACCGGAAACAUGUCAGGUGUGGUUGCAGGGUCCUCGACUUCAUUCUCCGCCUCCUUCACCACCACAAGGAGGAACCACUCCUUCAAAAGCUCUCACCUCACACAUUCCAAGACACUCAUAACACCUCCUCAGUGCCAGAAAACAUCUUUACAAGGUCUCUCACUUCAUGAAGCCAAAAGGGGUGUUUCAGAUUCCUUCCUAGGUGAGAAGAAGAAUGGUUAUUCUUCCUCCAAUGCUGGAAGGAGACUUGAGAUCACAGCAAGAACUGCUGGGGCCGCAAAGACAAUAGAGGUUGAGGUUGACAAGCCACUUGGCCUCACCUUAGGCCAAAAGUCUGGUGGUGGUGUUGUCAUCACUGCUGUUGAUGGAGGUGGGAAUGCAGCAAAAGCAGGGUUAAAGUCAGGUGAUCAAGUCCUUUAUACUAGUAGUUUCUUUGGGGAUGAAUUGUGGCCUGCGGAUAAGCUUGGAUUUACUAAAACAGCAAUCCAAGCUAAGCCAGACUCUGUCUACUUUGUUGUCAGCAGAGGUGCUGAGGUAGAUGUGAAAAAGCUCACCAAGCGUCCUGCUCCCCCUCGCUUUGGAAGAAAACUGACUGAGACUCAAAAGGCUAGAGCUACUCACAUUUGCCUUGAUUGUGGAUACAUAUACACCUUACAGAAACCUUUUGAAGAUCAGCCGGACACAUACGGUUGUCCUCAAUGUCAAGCACCUAAGAAGAGGUUUGCUCGGUAUGAUGUUAACACUGGAAAGGCUAUUGGUGGGGGGUUGCCUCCUAUUGGAGUUAUUAUUGGACUUGUGGCUGGUGUUGGCGCAGUUGGAGCUUUACUUGUUUAUGGUCUUCAGUGACAUUUUAUUCCAUGACAUGCUGCUAGUUCUAUUGAUUUUUAUGUCCUCCAAAGCUAUUCAAUAUUGGAGUUUGUAUCUCAGAAACUCCUUUGAUGUUCAUGUGAAGAUUGAAGCUUUCUGAAUGAGAUUCAAAAUGAAAUUCAAACUACUUUUUUUUGGGUGGUGGGGGGAGCAUUAGCAAGUUGAACUAUUAGUGAUGGCACGCCUUGUCAUCACUUGUGGUAAUAUGUAAAAAAUGUUAUUGGCUCAAAAUCAAUCAAAUGAAUGAUUG